AUGCGCCGGCACGCCCCCGCCAAGCGGUACGCACUCGCAUCCUGCGCGCUCCCAGGUGCCGGCGCGGACGUCGGUCACAUCGCGAGUGCGCGGUGUCGUGGAGACCUAGGCGGCGCCGAAAUGGGCGCGAGCUUGGGAGACGCGGCGAGGACGGCGCCCGAACAGCCCCGCUCUCUCGUCGGUGUGUUUCGCGGUGACGGCGCGCGCGUGUAG